AUGUUUCCAGUCGACCCCACUUCUCCACCUGUUCACGAUGAACACAUCAAAACCAAACAUUCCAUGCCCUCCUUUGAUUUCUGUCAAAACAAACAAAAAAAUGAAGCUAGUCGCUACUUACCUUGCCCAAUCAAAGACUUCUUUUUGGUCUGCCUUCGUUUGCCCUUCGCGACCGGCCAAAGACCGGAGACCCCUUUCCCUUCGUUUUCUUCUGAUCAUAUUUUAGACAACAGGGAGCAUCUUCUACACUUUAAAUUGAUUUCCGUUUUCACAUCUCAGAAAAUCGCAUUCAUAUUUGAUACAAUAAACUCACAACAAUUUUCGAUUUCACACCAUGAAGACCCAUUAUCUCAGUGGGGGAUUCGAUUCAGAGCUUGGCUAAGGUUUGAUUUCAGCAAUGGGAUGGUGUGCGACGUCGGCUCUGGCGGUGCGAGGGCGUCGCCGGUGCUCUGUGACUUCAAAGAUGCAGAGACAGAAGAGAUGGGAGAGAGACGGAACGAAUUCAAAUUUCCCAGAAUUUGGAUAAUGUGUUGGGAAAAGUGUGCCAUCAGUCUACCAAGUCAUGAGGGUAUUGCCAUUUUUUGGAAGGUUGCAUCUUAAAUGGUCGUGGAACAUGUGAUGUUAGAUAAAUGUAGUUGAAUUUGGUCCCAGGGGUAUUUUGGGAAAACUUUCCUAAUUUAAGGUUUUGAGUUAGUUUAGGAUUCUAAAUGUACUUGAAUGUGAUGUUAGAUAAAUGUAGUUGAAUGUGAUGUUAGAUAAAAUGUUUGUGUAUUAAAAUAAAGUAAUUUAAUUAAAUUAGAAAAAA